AUGUGCAACAUAAUCGCCUACAAGCUGCGGUGCGAACACAUUUUCACUCAAGUCAACUACUGCUCUAGAGCCUCACCUGCAUCCAAAAAUGACUCCUCCAGUCGAAAGACCUGCAGAGACGUCACUCAGCAAGAUACCACUCAUUCUCCUCCUCCGGAACAUGAUCACCAGCCGCGACUGAAGUGCCCGCUCGUCAACUGUCCUUUCGAGGUUCGAAACCGCUGCUGGAAUUGUUGCUGGUGUGGGAAAGGCUGGAAUAAUGGCGGCCGCUGCAGCUGCAUCAUGAUAAUCGAUGGGAAUGAAUACCACUGCGAGCAUAUCUGUUGCAGUACAUGUACUGCAGCUAGUGAGUUUUGA